UCAUUGCAUGUUAAUACAGUGGCCACCAAGGUUACAUAUUAAACCGGUGUGACACUCACUCUCAGGCAGAGAAGGGUGUAAGCUACCUCCAAGGCAUGUUCACCUGUUGCAUCUUACAAUGGGUGAUUUGACGAACGGUAAUAGCAUAGACGACCGAGGUCUAUCGGUCGUUCCUCGUAGAGAGGAGGACAUCAAAGUUGUAUUUCACAAAGUUGGCGAUGACGACGACGAUGAACACACUACUGAGAGGGUUCAUUUACAAAGUAACAGUCAUGAUGAGAGGGGUAAUGAUGAGGAUGCAAGGACUAGAACAAUGGAAAGCAGCGCGAAGCAAAUAUUAUGUCCUCUUCUGUAUUGUAGAACUGGCGGCGGCGAGGAUCCCAUCUCAACGGACGCAGAAGACACAGUUACCAAAGAGAAAAAGCAUUGUCCAGGACUGGGCCUGUUCUAUGGCCUGCUGGCUACAGUGUUCUUCUCCGUUAUAGCUCUUCUGGUGAAGACAAUAGAUGGAGUCCAUGCUGUAGAAAUCAGUGCCAUUCGCUGCUUCUUCCAGAUGCUGUUUGUGAUGCCUAUGCUUAUCUAUCACAAGACUGGCUUCCUUGGACCAAGAGACAAGCGGGUCUAUUUGGUGAUGAGAGGAUUCUUGGGUUCCAACGCCAUGAUCCUAUUGUACUAUGCAGUGCAGCAGAUGCCCCUGGCUGAUGCAACAGUCAUCAUGUUCAGCAACCCAGUGUUCACUGCCUUGCUAGCCUGGAUCUUCCUCAAAGAGAAAUGCACAAUCUGGGACUGUGUCUUCACUGUCUUCACCCUGGCCGGUGUCAUAAUGAUAGCCAGGCCCCCCUUCAUAUUUGGUGCUCGUAUAGAGGGAAUAGAGGGAGACUACACCAAUCAUCUCAAGGGGACUAUUGCAGCCUUCGGUGGAGCGAUAGGAGCAGCCUGCACUUUCGUUAUACUAAGGAAAAUGGGCAAAAGUGUCCACUACUAUCUGUCCGUGUGGUACUAUGCAGUCAUUGGUUUCAUUGAGUGUGUCAUCACUUUGUUUAUACUUGGUGAAUGGACCAUUCCAUUCUGUGGGAGAGACAGGUGGAUCCUUAUGCUGAUAGCAAUCCUGGGCAUCGCUGGCCAAACAUUCCUCACCAAAGCACUCCAGAUUGAGAAGGCCGGCCCUGUGGCCUUGAUGAGGACCGUCGACGUGGUCCUAGCCUUUAUUUUCCAGUUCAUUUUUUUCAACCGAAAGCCCACCAUGUGGAGUCUCGGUGGGGCGUGUUGUGUGGUCGUCAGCACUUGUGGUGUGGCGCUAAGGAAGUGGUACAGCAACACACACCCAAGAAAGAGCUGAGAACCACACACCACACAAAUAAAUUACUUUUUUGCUAGGAAUAAAUUAAAGGUUAUCAAUUAAUAUGAUGUUAAUGUUCAGCAGACGAGUGAAAACCAAAAAAAAACACAGAAAACCAAAGAAGCAAUAUUACAUCCAAAUGUUACUGUAAGGGUUUGAACACAAAACUGGACUUGUUUCAGUGUUCACAUCUACAUACAGUACUUAGAAAAUAGUGUUCCUCAAGGGUGCUUUGGUAAGGGUGAUAUGUCGAACCAUAAUGACUCAAAGAACCCUUAAAUGGCUCUUUGCAUUUCAGAAAAGGGUUCUUUUAUCUUUUAGUGAUAAUUAAAAUGUAGGGGCGGCGGCUCAUUCAAAUAUUUUGGGGCGUGGUUUGCGCACAGAUCUUUUUGUGCAACCGUGAGUGAAAGUGUCAUUCCAGUUGAUCUAAUCGGUUGUGUUGUGUCAUUAAAUAUGACUAUGACCAGUAACGGUGUCUUGUUAAAAAGACUCGCAUAAAGUCUUGUGUCAAUUGAGAACUGUUGACAAAAUCUAAAUUCUCUCCUCAGGGACCCCCAGCCGUUCCAGAGCUAGCACACCUGAUUCAACUUGUUAAUUAACAGUAAUAACACCGUCAUUUUAACAAUAUAAUAUAGCUAACCCCAUUAUAAAGGGUUCUAUAUAGCACGAUAAACGGUUCCGCUAUGGUUACAAGCCAAAUAACACUUAUUUGGUAGUGGCACUAUAUAGAACAUAUUUUUUGUGUUGAGGUCAUCAGCAAAGGUCAUCAGCAAAGCUUAUAUUAGCAUCUUAUUGUAUUUUAAAUGGGCUGAUAUCCUUUAUUUUAUUACACUGCUGGUCAGAAUCGGUUUGUUGUGGAAAUUUCAAAAGUGUGAUGGUGAUUUUGUAAAAAAAAAUGUAUACAAAGAUUUGCUUUGUGCAAUGUGUCACUGAGAUUGCUGGAUAGCAAUAAUAUUCUGUUGACCCAACGAGUAAGCAGCAUAAUCAGAUGAAUUCAUGCAUAUCUUACAGGUUAUCCUACCUAGUUAAAUAGUAGAAUAUGAUGGAAACUUGAUAUUUACAGUACAAAUAGCUUUAUGACGGUAUACCACAGAAAACAACUAGUUGCCUUCCAUUUAAAAUGUUUACUAGUCAUUUAGAACUAAGCACUUGAGUUUGCACAUUUUUGUUACAUGCAGUAUCAGUGAUGAUGCUUUGUAUAAGUUGUAUACUCCUAGUUCUCUCAGGGUUUCUAUGCUGUUUUAUAGGAUUUUUUCUGUAUCAAUAGCACUUUCUCAGACUGAUUGAAAGUCUUUGACUUGAAUUUGUUCUUGUUUAUCAAAUAUCUUAAUGUAGUGAAAAUGUUUCUUAACUUUUCUGUGUUCAAUAAUUUUCAGGUAGGUUUACAUAAAUUGGUUAUAACGACAGUAUGAACAAUUUAAAUGAACCAUUUCAUUCUUAAAUUUAAUUCAGAGCCUGUUUAUAUGACAUCAUACAUUGUUUAUAGAACGUGAAGUUACUUAUUUCACAAUGUGCUGUGUUCAAUUAAGGUGGACACAGUAUAUCUGAACCUUUGUGUAGUUCAUGUUUGAUUUUAUUUAACUGAUACUGAUUUGAUUGAUGAAACUGAAAAGUUGGAUACACUCGCACAAAGAAGAGCAUAAAAUAUUUUAGUUACUACCUUCAUGCCUUACUAAAUCCUUUCUCAUCUAUGUAAUUAUUAUAUUACAGUAUUUAUGACUAUUUCAGAUUUAUUAUUAGAAAUAAGGAUUAUUCUAAAUGUUGUAUAUUUGUCAUUUUUUCUUAUAAAAUACAUUGCAUACACAUUUCA